AUAAAGAAGAUUGAGUCUAAUAUUUGAUAAAUAAAAUACAACAUCAAUAAAUAUCAAGCUGUUGUAAUGUACUGAAAUUUCAAAACCAAAAGAGGAAGUUGGAAAACCAAAAAUGAUUUACGUUUUAUUCUAAUAACGAGUCUGAUGCAAUAAUACUGUUCUAAAAAGCAGAUUGUAAUACAUGUAAAAAAGAUGUUUCAAUCUCCUGACUACAGUAACACAUUGUCAUUAAAGUUAUCAGAGGUUUUAGAGGAUGUUGGAAUUAAUGAGGAAAUGGUUAUGAAAAGAAGAAGAGUUAACCUGAUAAGGGAGACUACCAUGUCUGUAACGUAUAGAUCACGCGGUGGAAAUAGAACUUUUUAUCACCUUGGAAGCCAAUCUGAAGGGACAACAACUAUUGGACUUAAUUCAGAUGUCGACAUUUUGUGUAUAAAUCAUGGUAUAAAUGUGAUACAAGAAUGGUCAGAAUGGAAACAAAAUGAGCAGAAUUUGCUUAUGAUACAGGAUGAUAAUGUUUCACCAGGAUAUUGUUUCUUACAACUGCUUAGAAGUGAUGUGCCUCUUCCGGAGAUAAAUAUUCCUAAUGAUGAAGUUUACAUGCGUGAUAAUUACGGGAGGAUACUAUUAAGAAAUUCCUUUAUGAGUGGUAUUCGCUACAAUGCUGAACGACACGGGCCAUCAGACGCUGUAGCCGGUGAGCAGGGUUACAGCGACAUGGAUCUAGUUUAUGCCCUUCCUUGUACAUCAUGGCCGCAAUUAGCUUCUCAUUUAUUAGAAGAGAGGUGUUUUAUGAGAUGGCCAUCAAAUGACAUGAUAAGAUAUGCUGCUAGCAACGGGUGUUUUGUUGUUGGUGUUUGCAGCAAGAUAAGUACUUUCCCGGAACUAGAAUGGAGAAUAUCUACGUCUUUAGCAGAAAGAUGUUUCAUGUUCAAUUUAAAUUUAACACAAUUGCGGUGCUAUGUAUUAAUGAAAAUUAUUUUAAAAACAUUUCUUAAUGAAGGAAAUGGUUUGAGUAGUUUUAUGUGUAAAACUGUUUUAUUACGUUGUAUAGAAAAUUCAGAAAAUCACAUAUGGAAAAAGAGUAAUUUAUCAACAUGUUUAACUUACUGCCUAUUAGAAUUAUAUCGUUCAGUCCAAAAUAAAUUUUGUCCGAAUUUCAUCAUUUGUGAAAACAACUUAAUGGAUGGACAAUUUACAAUUGAAAAGAAACGUGACCUUUCAAGGAAGUUAAUUGACUUAAUACAGAGUGAUGGUAGAUAUUUACUUCGACUUGACAUUGAUGAUAUAGGCCAAAGACUGUAUGUUAAACUGAAUAGAGUUCAUCAAUUAGUUUAUAUUUUUGAAACUCCUAUUUGCAUCAAAGAAAAUUGUUCGGGUAUCCUUUGCAUCAACUUGGCAAAUUGUAUAAACAACAAUAUGUUGGCGUUGGAAAGUGAAAACUUCGAAAACAUACUUCACGCCAUCUUUAUGUUGAGACAUUUCUGUGUGAUUGGAAACAGAUUUGAGCAAGUUGCGUGUUACCAUUUUUUAUCGUUUCUUUUUCUCAAACUUGGGUCCAUCAUGGCCUCAGCAAGCAUCGGACAGAAUAGGCCACUUCCGCUUGUAACAUUGCGAUGUCUCUUUUUAGGUUGGAACUUAGAUGUAGCGUUUGGUAGAUUAAAGUUAGCGUCAGUGCUCUAUUGUAAAGGUGAAAUAAAUAAUGCGGAAAUCAUUCUUAGACAGACUGAAGAACGGUAUAACACUGAUAUUGUUGUACCUUUAUGUAGCUGUUGGAAUCACCCAUUUGAUUUCUUACACAUACCUGCAGAAUUUAAGAGAAUAUGCAGUGAACAAAGAAGUGAAAAUAGCACCAAUAAAAUCACAUCGUGUUGUAUUCGAUUCUCAAUGGAUGAGCUACAUUGUGUUCCUCGAGAGCUGCAGUAUGAACUGAUGAGAUCGACACAAGAUGACUUGAUAUAUCAGAGCCCCGGAGAAAGUAUAUGGAUGCAAUAUGCGAUAGUUGAUUCUCUCCCUUUUCUCUACUUUUUACAGUACAAGACAUAUAAUCGUCUUCAAAGACACCAGGAUCAACAACGGGCACUAAAUAAUCUUAUAAGGACUAUCGUUACAGGCACAAACUAUGGUCAUAGGGAGACAGCUCUAAAUCUGCUCGGGCAAUGUAUGGAACAGGAAAACAAGCCUCAGAAAGCAUUACAAUGCUACAUGCUUUCUCUUACACAAAGGGGAAGAAAUAAUGCAGCAAAGUUUCAUACUUGCACAUUGCUUGCAAAGUAUACACCUCGUUAGCAGCAGUUUGAUGAGUAAAAGCUUAGCUUUUCCUUCUGAUGCAGUACCCUUUGAUAAUGAACUUUUGAAUAUUCAGUAAAGCUUACUUGUAUAGAUAUAACUUUAUAAACAAAAUACAUGCCUUUGGUUUUGUAAAUAAAGAUCAAAAUAGUU